AUGCCACCACCGCCCCCCCGAAAACCCGAUCCGAAGGCUUCUGCGGCCUCGAAAGAAGAAAACAUAUACAUCCCCUCGUUUAUCAGUAAACGUCCUUUUUAUGCAGGCGAAGAAGGAGACGAUCAGACAGACUACCUCGAACAUCAACGUCUGCAGAAGAAGAAAGAUGAGCAGUCACAAUGGUACGACCGUGGUCGAAAGUCGGGCCCCGCAGCCACGAAAUAUCGUAAAGGGGCAUGCGAAAACUGCGGCGCCAUGACGCACAAGGCCAAGGAUUGCCUGAGCCGACCACGUGCGAAAGGUGCAAAGUGGACUGGCAAGGACAUCCAGGCGGAUGAGGUCGUCCAGGAUGUUAAGCUAGGCUGGGAUGCCAAGCGUGAUCGUUGGAAUGGAUACGAUCCUAAGGAAUAUCGUAACGUCGUGGAGGAGUUCAACCAGAUGGAACAGCUGAGGAAGGCUGCUCUAGCCAAGGACGGAGCGGAAGACGAGCAGGACGACGGUGACAAGUACGCCGAGGAGAAUGAUAUGAGCAAGCAUCAAAGUACGGCCACUCGCCAGCUCAGAAUACGAGAAGACACAGCCAAGUACCUGGUUAAUCUCGAUCUCGAGUCAGCCAAGUACGAUCCGAAGACGAGAUCCCUGGUCGAUGCUGGCGCAACCGCAGACAAGGCCGCGGAUCUUUUCGCGGAGGAGGGCUUUCUGCGAGCUUCGGGCGACGCGAGCGAGUUCGAGAAGGCACAAAGGUACGCCUGGGAAGCCCAGGAAAAGAGUGGCGAUACCACGAAGCAUUUGCAAGCAAACCCCACAGCCGGAGAAUUCUACAGGAAGAAGGAGAAGGAAGAGGCCGAAAAGAAGCGGGCCGAGCAGGAGAGGAAGCUCAAGGAGAUGUACGGCGACAACUCGCAGUACACGAUGCCCGAGGAGAUGAAGAACCUCAUCACGGAGUCCGAGAAGUACGUUGAGUACGACGAAAGGGGUCUCAUCAAGGGCGCGCCCAGGGUGAUCGCCAAGUCAAAGUACCCCGAAGACGUCUACAUACACAACCACACAUCCGUCUGGGGAAGCUGGUGGUCAAAUUUCAAAUGGGGCUAUGAGUGCUGUCACUCCGUGGUGAAGAAUAGCUACUGCACUGGUGAGGAAGGCAAGCAGGCCUGGGAAGCAUCUGAAAGACAGCGGACCGGUGCGAUGUUGGUUCAAGAGGAGAAAACGACAGAUACUCCCGAGGCUGAUAAGCCGGAAGAUGAGCCCCUGGUAAAGAAGUCUGUGAGUAAGCGCACUGCGGAAGAAAUGAUGGGAGGUGUCCCGGAGGAAGAGAUGGAGGAGUACAGGAGGAAACGUACAGCCGCAAACGAUCCGAUGGCAAAGUUCCUAGGCAAGGAUGAAUUGGUUUGA